AUGGCCGGCGGAGUUACUGUUCGCGAUGUCGAUGCGCAGAAGUUCAUCACUGCCUACUCUGCUUUCUUGAAGCGUCAGGGCAAGCUUCCCAUCCCUGGUUGGGUCGACACCGUCAAGACUGGUCCUGCCAAGGAGCUCCCUCCCCAGGACAUUGACUGGUUCUACGUCCGUGCUGCCUCUAUCGCCCGCCACGUCUACCUCCGCAAGACCGUCGGUGUCGGCCGUCUCCGCAAGGUCCACGGUACCGCCAAGAACCGCGGCAGCCGUCCCUCCAAGCACGUCGAUGCUUCCGGCUCCGUCGACCGAAAGGUCAUGCAGUCUCUUGAGAAGAUCGGUGUCCUUGAGCAGGACGAGGAGAAGGGUGGCCGCCGCAUCACCCAGGCCGGUCAGCGUGAUUUGGACCGUAUCGCCCAGACCACCGCUGAGGCUGAGGAGGAGGAGGAUGACGAGUAA